UACUCGGCGUGAUCAUUUCACGCUUCCCCCCGAAGCCUUUUUUCCACCUAAAGCGUUUAGUUGCAGCUGACUGAGCACUUGCAGGGAGUGCAAUAGGGAGCGGAAGGGUCGAAUUAUUUCAACCUACAAGUCGCCCCAAAAGUAGGGGACAAAAAAAGGGGGAGAGAGAGAAAGGGGGGAGAGAAGAAAACUGCCCCAGAAAGGGAGAGAGAGGGGGAGAGAGAGAGAGAGAAAGAGGAGGAGGAGAGGGAGACGCUGGAAAAAAGUUUUUGAUCUUUUCCUUUUUUCUCCCUCCAUCGCCUCCCCCUGUUCUAACCGAGUAACAUGGACCAGGGGCCCAAGAGUCCUGCGCUGCGGCUGGGAAGAGCAGGACAUGGUGGCGUGAACCAGCUUGGAGGUGUGUUUGUAAAUGGCAGACCCCUCCCAGAUGUAGUUCGCCAGCGAAUAGUAGAACUUGCCCAUCAGGGGGUUCGGCCGUGCGACAUCUCACGCCAGCUACGAGUCAGCCAUGGAUGUGUCAGCAAGAUACUGGGCAGGUACUAUGAAACGGGCAGUAUCCGCCCCGGGGUAAUUGGGGGAUCCAAACCAAAGGUUGCUACACCAAAAGUGGUCGACAAAAUCGCCGAUUACAAACGCCAAAACCCCACCAUGUUUGCCUGGGAGAUCCGGGACAGGCUCCUAGCAGAGAGAGUUUGUGACAACGACAGUGUUCCCAGCGUCAGCUCCAUUAACAGGAUCAUCCGGACUAAGGUUCAGCAGCAGCCUGGUCAAACGGGCUCAGUGUCGGCUCACAACCUAGCAACGUCCGUGCCAGCCACACAGGUCUCAGCAGUGACCAGCGACUCGGCCGGCUCCUCGUACUCCAUCAGCGGCAUUCUGGGUAUCAGCUCAGCUGCUGAUGUAGGCAAGAGGAAGAGGGAUGAAGGUUUGCAGGAGUCACCGCUGGCCAAUGGACACGGCCACAGUGGGCGGGACUUCCUCAGGAAGCAGAUGAGAGGGGAGCUAUUCUCACCACAGCAGAUCGAGGUAUUGGACCGCCUCUUUGACAGACAGCCAUCCUGUCCAAUCCAGUCCAGCUCUGACCUCUAUGUGAGCCCUGAUUCUGGCAAGACGUCAGAUUAUUCGGCCAUGGCUUCAUUAGCAGGAGGACUGGAUGAGAUGAAGAACAGUUUGGCCAAUCCGGGCACAGGGGCAGAGUUAGGAGCCAGCGUCUCCGGUCCACAGUCCUACUCACUAGUUCCAGGUCGAGAUUUAGCCAGCACCACUCUGCCAGGCUACCCUCCUCAUGUCCCUCCUACUGGACAGGGCAGCUACUCCACCCCCUCCCUCACUGGAAUGGUACCUGGGGGAGAUUUUUCCGGAAGUCCAUAUUCCCAUCCGCAGUAUUCAACGUACAAUGAAUCAUGGAGAUUUCCUAACCCCAGCCUAUUAGUGUUUCAGCAGGAUUAUGGGUCUCUCCUGGGGACGGAAAUCGGCUGCUCCUCCAGUCUCUUCACCAGCCAGGCAGGACAGAUGCAAGGAUCACCAUAUUAUUACAGCGCAACAUCACGAGGGGCAGGCCCUGCUGCCACCGCUACAGCCUCCACCUACGACCGCCACUGACACCCUCGUGUAGACACAGGAAGUCGCUGGGUGAGGAAGAGAAGGAGAUGAGGGAGGGAUGGAUAGCAUCGGAACCGCUCAGUACAAACUCGCAUGGACUGCAAAGAGGAGAAGAAUUCAAAUCUUUGACGUCGGUGAAGUUUGCAUUUUCUUUGAGUGACACUUAAACCAACGAAUACACUCCUGAGCUGCAGCACAAUACUGUUUGGGUAUAUAUUACUGUGAGGACACAGGUAUGGCAAGGUCAAUAACUGAUUAUGUAAACAAGUAGAUUUUGGAAAUUUGGACCCUCCCACACUAUCAAGCCUUCGUAUCCCUAUCUAGUUUUUAACCAGUCAUAAACCAAAAGUCAGCGGACUGUGUGUAGCAUUAAAACUAUCUGUAUUGUGACCUUCUGGGUAAAAUGUUGUUUUCCAGUUGGGAAUAUUUUUGAUGAAAUUAUUUGAGCUGAUUAGAGAAAAAUCAACUUUUUCAAACAGUAGGCUAUUUUUAUGACCGCACAUUAAUCAAUCAAUUUUCUAUGCCAUGCUACAGUGAAGUAAAGACAAUCCAAUCAUCCUAACUUUGACUGACCAAAAUCACCCAUAUCGUUACCAUUCUAUUCGUUCUGGUGCAGAUUCAACACAUUUUCCUCUGGAACCCUCAGAAAUGUUCAUCAAAUGAGAUAACAUUAUUUCAAAGGGAGCGUUCGGGGUCACGCAUGUUCGCUCUGCCCUAUCCCGUUUAUUACUGUUAUAGUGGUCAAGCUUUCCAGUUCUGCAGAGUACACAUGCUCUAAAUUUCUAGUCAUUUUUAAAGCAGCGGAUUGCUUAUAACAACACAACUAUCACACAACUGUCAACUAUCCAAUCCAUUUGUGUUACCAAUGCACUAUGCAGUAUGUAAGCUAGCGAGCAUUUGCAUCUCACCUCAUUUCUUCAUUCUUUACUUUUAGGAUUGGAAGUUUAGAAGAUAAGACUCCUUAAAUGCUGUGUGUGAUUGCUACUGCUGCACCAUGCACACAGGUUCAGCGUGUAGAAAAAUCCAAAACUUGUCACGCCUAAAUAUAGUUAAUAAACCAUGACUGGAUGUUUGCUGUUCAGGGGUGGGGUUUUAGUAGUUGAAGUCAAGCAUGAUCCAAUUUUCUGGUAAGAAAACUGUGUCCUCACAUAGUGGAUGUAUUAAGAAGAGCUGGAUACUGGAUGUCAACGUCCACAGAUAAAUUCAUAACAGAACGAUUAUGGGCCAACCUAUCAGAGGUAGAAACAUUAGUAGUUCUGCAGAUUCAGGAAAUGGGGGGGGGGAUAGUUUUUUGAGGCGUGGGUAUUUUUGGCUGCAAUACUGAGUUUGACCACUAGAAAAAUUGAAAGGACGUGCUGGAUGACAGCGCUGCAUCCAAAGGCCUCAUUUAUAACAUGAAGUUAUGAUUCUUUCCCACUGAAUAUCAGUUCAGUGGGAAAGAAAACAUUCAUAAAAUCUUAAUUUGUAAGUCUGAACUGUCCAUGAUUUUCCUGCUAAUCAAAAUCAGAUUCACUGGCAAAUUUGGAUUCUCUUUUUUUUCUCUUAAUCUACUUAAGAGAGCUUGUCCUCUAAAAAGUUUUGUUUUCUGUGUUUUGUUUUGGUUCUUGGUUAUUUCUGUUUAAACCCACAAUUCUGCUGAAAAUACAGGUGCCGUUAAUUUAGGUUGGUUUGAGAUUUAUAAAUAAUGGUCAUCACAUAAUUAAACAUAAGUAAUGAACCAAACUUUGAACAUAAUAAAAAUGUAUAAAUGAGGCCCCAGCUCUUUUAAUACAUCCAUGCCUUACAUUCACACUUGCAUUUGAGUUGGUUUGAAAGCCAACGACCAACACAUAGAGAGACCUUUCAGGAAAGCACAGCCUAAAAUCUGAGCCCUCUACUGUAAAACAAACAGUACUCAUCUUCACAUCGGACCAAAAUCAGUUCCAUCAGGUUGUGUUACAGUACAGGAUGGUGGUAUCCUACCUCCCCAGACGAGAUUUAGUCCUGAUCAAGAGCUAUUUAUAAUGGAGGAGACACAGAGUAAUAUAUUAAGAAGCUUUUCUGUGCUGCACUCCGUGAUGAGAGUGAAUGCCUGUAAUGAUUUAUAAUAGUGUCACGCUGUUGUGCUAGAAUAGUGACGAUGAAGACGGCGAUGAUGCAGUGAAAUAUGAAUUCUGAAAAAACUUUCAAUAUAAGAAGUCUUUGUUUAUAAGUGUGAUCAGAUUGCGAUUUUCCUGUUUAUAGUUUGUUGCCUGGUAUCAGUUGAGAAAGGUGCCACUUAAUAAGUUUUCUGUGGUUUUUUUUGCUUCUUAAGUGUCCAAACGAAGGUUGGUGCUAGACUGGAUCAGACCCAAUGUCAGGAGCAUCCCUCCUGUUGCUGAUCCAGUCGAGCAUCAGCCAAAGACCAACAGGAAGCAGUGGCACCCUCUCUUUCUCUUGCUCUUUCUAUCUCUGUCUUUAAACUCCCCAAAGAUGGGCCCCCCUAGUGGAUCGGCUGACUUCUUACAAAAGCACAAAGAGACUCAAUCAUCUUCUUAAGGUGACAUUCUACUUUUUCAGCUUCCUUUCAGAACCAUUAAGUACUUCUUCUGCUUUUCCCCGUUUUGAGUAUGUGUCCUUGUGCUUGUUUGACAUCCUGAAAUUGUUUCUAUAAAAGUACUGCUUUCGUGAAAAAAAAGUAAACCUGAUUUGUUUUUUUCGUUUGUUUGUCUGCCACAUCAGUUCUGCGCUGUGACAAUGCAUGACACCAGGGUUGAGGCCUUACCCAUCUCGCACAGACAAACAAGGACAGAUUCGCCCCUCAGCACAGAUCUGAAAUCAGUGUGUUUUCCCUUCCCAAAUGUCUGAGGGGCCGAUAUAUUGAUCUUGUGAGAGGGCAAUAUCUUCCUUAGCCUGUACCUUUCUUUCAGUUUCAAUUCUGUCCUCACCAGACUUGUACAGUAAUCAGCGAAAGAGAAGUCACAAUGUCAAUAGCGAUUUCAGUUAUUCACAUUUGAAGUUAGAUUUUAGUGUCGAAGCUUUCUUCUAUGAUAAAAAGACUUAAGGUGUGCGGUGUUGUUUUUGGCCAUCAUCUGCGAGCGUUUGGAUUCCUUUUUUGUUUUGGUAUGUGUGGCUGAGUGUAGUGCUUCAUUGCUACUGUGUAGUGUCUACUAGCAAACAGAUUGGAGGCACCAAAUCUGCAGUGUGAGGCAUAAUAUAUAGCUCUAUAAACAUACGAUAACUAUAAACCCUGAACAAAGCUGUUAGUUUCUCAAUAUUUGUUGUUUCUGGGAUUUUUUGAAAUAGUAAUAGAGUGGAUCCUUUCACAUUUGUAGACCUUAAAAGUUGUGAAUACACAACUCUAAAGAAAGAUUCUUAUGACGGCUCACCUGCUGUGUUGCCAGCGUGCACCGCAGCGGGAGCCUUUCCUUAUUUCUGUCUUUUUCUCUUGAUCCUUCUGAGGCAUUAUUGAACCUGAACCACACCAGCUGAAAACAAGGACAGUGCCUUUAGUUUUAUAUGUCAACAUCCCCCGGACCUACUAUGAGUCACUAAAACUAGAUUCAGUUUCCCUCCCUGCAACGCAUUUAACAGAAGUCUUAUUAUUUACCCAGGCAAACACAGGGUUUGAAGAUUUUACAAAGCCUUUUACAAAUAAAUAAAGGUGAUUAAAGUACCAAUAACUCACAGUGAUGCUCACAAUGCAACAACAGUGUCACCGCAGCUCUGACAGCUGAUCUAGCAGCACCCACAUUAGUCCAUACAUCUCCCAGCAUGUGGAUUUUUCAGUCACAAAACCCGGAGGAAAAACAAAGAUGUUGUUUGGCAGCUCCAGCAAUGAAAAGCAGAAAAUAGUCCUGGUUGUAUUAAAGUCAGUGACUGAUUCCUCACUCAUGGAAGAUUGUUUCCACCACUGAAUUUAUUUUAUUUACAUUUCCCCCCAUCUAUAGCUCUAAAUUUUAUGAUAUUAUUUCAAAAAUUCUUAGUUAUCUUUAGGUAAUAACCCCAAAUUUUGACAUAGCUCAACAAAAUAAAUGAAUUCAUUAAAUAAAAAUGUCACUGUUUGAAACAAAUAUCCUUUUUUUGUUCAUUUUGUUUUUGAACACUCACAUUUAUCAUUCGCAUUUGCAGGCAUAACUACCAUGUAGGCAGACUUUAUGCUGCAUUUUUUUUUUCAUUGUUAAUAAAGCUCCUAAGAUGAUUACGUUUUCAGUGGGUGGUAGAGUCUGUGUAACAACACUGACCAUAAAGAAAUGGGUCAGCAAAGUCACAGGACACAACUCCAGUUCUAUGUGUAUAUGCAGAACCUGCUAAUGGGCUAAAAACCUGCUUACAGAGCCAAUCACCCAGGCCUAGACAGGUUAGUGACAUCCUGGCAACCACCAGUCACUAGGUAAAAAUCAGUAUCCCCCAACGAGUUGUGAGUGGUUGCAAAAGGUUGCUGGGAAAUCAGCUCCUAAAGGCUCAAUCACAUAGGUCUGGAGACUGGUGAGACUGGCAACCACUGGUAACCACUAGUAACUAUGGAAAAAGUGUGUUCCCUGACCAGUUCGCAAGUGGUUGCAGGAGGUUGCUAUCAAAAGGUGAAGGCAAAUGCUCUUCAUAUCUGGUUUGGAUCACAAGACGGCAUCUUCCAUGAAAACAACAGGUGAACUGGUAUCAACCAAAUCAAUCUCAAGGAGGUUUUUUUGAUUGCAGCAAGCCUUAGUCAGAGGGACAGUGAGAUAUUUUUUCCAACUUUAGGAUCAUUAAAAGAUAUCCGAACAUCAACCAAGUGCAUAAUAUUUGCAUAUUUUUGAAAUGGGUGACUGAAAAGUUCAAAUUCUGGGAGAUAUCCAUAACAUAGAUCAGGGUUAAACUAUAUAUAUAUCUAUAUAUAUAUAUAUAGAUAUAUAUAUAAAAUAAGUAAAAGCCAAGAACAUGACAGAAAUAUAUCAAGUUUAUUCAUGAAUAGAAUGAAUUUCUUUUUUCCAACCUCAGUAUUUAAAAGAAACACACACGGUUUCAUAUCUUAGUGAGGACAUUUCAUUGACAUAAUGCUUUCCUUAGCAGCUUACCCUAAUCCUAACCAUCAAAGAUGAAUGCCUAACCCUCAGCCUAAGCCUAACCAUAAGUUAAUUGUAACCCUAACACUAAAACCACAUUUUGAGCCUCAAAAAUUCCUUCAAACUCCUAGGGACAGGCAUUUUGUCCCAAUAAGUGACUGCUGGUCCCCACAAGUAUAGUAGCAUGCCAAUUUUCUGUCCUCACAAAGAUGUCUAAACAUGUUCACACACAUACAGACUCAUACAAUAAGAAAUAAUUGAUUAAAGUCAUUCUCCUUCAGGAGGUAAAUCCAGUCGUGCCUCGUGUGUCCGCUUGCGUCAAGUUGCUAAAUCAAACAAGUCAAACUCAGUGGUUGUCAUUCGGUGUAGACCAGAGUCCAAUGACACAUUAACAGGACUGUUGGUUAACUAUGCAUCUCAUAGGGACACAGCUUGCUUUGCCAUUGCUUUGACCUGACUGGUUCACAUUGGAAGAGACUGGAUUCUCAUUGGCCGGCAGCUGUUUCGAUUGGCAGCUAUGACAUUGACUGCAGUGAUGAAGGGGGGGACUAGUCAUCGUGGGUGGUACUAUAGAAAGCGUGGCAGGCAGAAGCUACAUACACACACACAUAAAUAUAAGUACAGACAUACUCUUGCUCCCUCCUUUUGUCCUUUGCGAAGUGGUGGUAGCCCCUCCUCUUAUGCCCCUGUGUUCCCCAGGGGAGGCCAAACCUGCUGUGCCAUCAGAAGCUCAUCCCAUCCUUUUUCACCCCCCAUCCCUCCUCACCCCUAAUCUCGUCAUAUCUCAUGCACUUGUCUCCCCGUCUCUUCUCUUCUCCCCACUGCAACACCACCAGGAUUAGGAAUAUUAAAGGUAUUCUCUUGAUUUCAGGGCUGUGACCUUCCUCAGAAGUCCUCCCUCUUUCUUCAGACAGCCCUAUUAAUCCUUUCGCCUUCUUACUUCUCUCACUUUUCUCGCCGACUCCUCAGACGUGAUGCUCGCUGUCCUGUCAGAAAUUCUGCAUAGGAAUCAAGCUGGGUGUUUUUUGUGCCAAAGCGAGGUCAUUUCAAUGGCAAUAUUGCUGCCGGCGUCUUUAUUUGGUCAAGAACAUUCUGUGAGAUCUCACAUCUCAUGUUGUUUUCUCUCCGUGUGGCUGUAGAGCAUUUUGAAACACAAAGAAACACCAGUUUCAGAUCAAACAAAGACAUUUCAUUUGCAGCACUUCCACAGUUUACUGUCCAUGAAAAUAAAUUGCAUCCUGAAUUUUGAUCCCAGCUCCAAGUCAAAUAAGAACCUGAAAUAAAUGCAAAUGAGUUUUUUUUCCUCCUUUAUUAUGAUUUCUUGCCGAGUGCGCACUGCCUGACUGUAUCUCAAUAUGAAUCCAUGAAGAAGGCUACUGCCUUCCCAAAACCUGAGGGGAAUUCAGCAUCACAUCUUGACAGCAAUUAGUGGCACAAUCUGUUUCAUGCUUGCUGAUAUAACUAGGCUCUGGACAGAUCUCAUACUGAAGUGUUACAAUGUUCUGUACAUCUUAAUAUUAUUCAACUGUGGAAGAGGAGUAAUACACACGACUCAGCCUACAAAAAUCGACUGUGCUUUUUAAGCAGAUGUUUCAAUCAAAAAAAAAAAGAAAAAAAAGAAUAGAUACAUAAUUUUUCACCUUACUGUGGCCUUUCGUGUAACAAUCUGGAGUUUUUUUUGUGUCCAUGACUUCCUAUCUGGGGUUUUGAAGAGAUAUUUAUAUCUGUGACAUUUUGGUCCAAAUACAAUAAAAUAUGAAUUUUAAAAAAUGAACAAACAAGGCAAAAAUUAAAUUCGGGUCCAACGAUUCAGUGUGUUCUAUUCUUCAAAAUUAAAACGGGACAAAAAAGAUAACAUAUCUGUAACAUUCACCAAAGCCUGUGAUGCCUGUUUUAAAGGACAAACUCUUGUACAAAAACCAUACGAAAUAGAAGAAAAAGACUUGCAAACACAAAAACGAAGACGAGAAAUGCCUUCAAAUAUUCUAGAGGGGAGGAUUUAAAAAAAAAAAAGUAAAAAGAAAUGCUUCUUUAAGAAAACCUGUAUGUUUUUUAUUCAAUUUUCUAGUAGUUGCAAACAAAACUUGGUGUUUUUUCUCUUUGUGUGUUGUGUGUUGUCUUAAUAUUUGAAUGUAUUUUACUGCAGUGCGAAUUUGCCAAAGAUAUCAUAUCACUUGAUUUUUCCUCUUUUUCUCUUUUCUUCACUUUUUGUUUAUUUUUGUUCCUGAACUGUGAUCAGUUUUGUUCAGAAAACUGAAAAUAAAUGGUGAAUUUGAUAUUAUGAUUAUUUUUUAUAUUUUUAUUGUUAAUAUUAUUGUUAUUUUAUUUCAUGGCUUUGAGUUUACUGUGAAAUAUUAAAUUGCAGUUUGCUUGAUGCAUUUCUUCAUACUCUGUAUACCUGUCCAUCCGUCCACCUGAGUGACUGUUGUUGGUGAAUUAUUCCAUUUAUGUACCUGUAAUGUGAAACUAAGAAGUAAUUAUUUGUAAAUAUUUGCCAUAAUUUUAUUGGUCAU